GCCACUCCCACACGCAGAAUGGCAGCGGUGAACUUUAAUCAGAGUGUUUAUGUAUCUGUUGGUGUCGGAGGAGUGGCUCUAUGAUCAAUUCAGACCAGACUCUACAGCUUCUGGCCGACCUGAAGGACACGGUCAUGGGGAGCACUCUGGUCAAAUGUGCCGCCACCGACCUGGGCAUCCAGUGGGCCGGCUGGGCUCUGGCUGCAGCCUUCAGGACCGAGAAGUUUUAUGAUUUGGCAGGAUCUGGCACAUUUAUACUACUUGCCCACCUGAGUCGUUUCUGGGGAGGAGCCAGUCAUGUCCGCCAAAAGGUGCAGACCGGGUUGGUGACAGCAUGGGGGCUCAGGCUGGGGACAUUCCUCUUCAUGCGGAUCUUGAAGGACGGUCAUGAUCGCAGGUUCAACAAUGUCAGAGACAGCCCAGGGACUUUCUUUAUAUAUUGGACUGUUCAAGCCAUGUGGGUAUUUAUGACCCUCCUGCCCACCCUCAUGCUGAACAGCGAGAAACGGGACGUGCCUCUGGGAACGAGGGACUACAUUGGCUGGACUGUAUGGGGCCUCGGCUUUGCUACUGAAGCUAUCGCUGACCAGCAGAAAUGGCUUUUCAAGAGUGACCCAGAUAAUACUGGGAAAUUCAUCCAGAGUGGACUGUGGGCUUACAGCAGACAUCCAAACUACUUAGGGGAGAUCCUGCAGUGGUCCGGUCUCUGGCUCUCAGCCUCCUCGGUGAUGGAGGGUCACCAGUACCUGAGCGUGGUGUCGCCUCUCUUCGUCUGGUUCCUGCUACGUCAUGUCAGCGGCAUCCCCAUCCUGGAGAAGCUGGCCGUGAAGAAGUGGGGAUCUGACCCAGGCUUCCAGGAAUACGUCAAGAGCACUCCUCUUCUCUGGCCGUGGCCUAAAUUUUGAAGUUACAUUUUCUCAACUGCUGUACCAGGAAAUACCUCACAAAAUAAACAUGUCAUAAAGUGUCCUGAGAAAAACUCUUAUUAAACUCACACCUCAUAUGUUGGGCGUGUCUUGGCAAAGACAAAGAUGGCGGUUAAGAUUCUCAUGUGAGUUGUUAGAAUAACAUGUCAUGAUGGGUAAUGUGUCUAAACUUAUGAUUUGAAGGAAGUGUCAUUAACCUGGAUCAUAAAAACUCCCUUUACACAGUCCAACUUUUGGAUUCAGGAAGCUAGGGAACAGCACAAAGCAUUUGAAAGAAGGCACACAAGACAUUUUUGUAAAGGUUAGACAUGUAUUUUAUAAUUCACAUGAAUUUUAGAGUACAUACUUGUGUACAAAAUGUGUGCUAAUAGUUAAUCAUAUAAUGCCACGACAACUUAACUGGCUAAUCUUACAAAGUAAUUGCCUUUUACAUGGGACUGCUCGUAAGCAUCCACCCAGAGUACAAACAUUACACAGAGCAAUAAACAUUAGAGAAGCAAAAUUAUCUGGCAGAGAUUACAGCCUGUGACAUAAACCAGAAUAUAAAUUCCUGAU